UUUCCGUAGUUGCCGGUUGUUGGAGGUCAACCGUAGGAGGCGUGCGCUUAGAAUGUUCAACGCAGAAUGUUAUGAAAUUGGAAUUACGAUGAUGGACUUACAUAUUUUUUAUUAUAUUCAUGCUUGUGUCUAUAGCCUUAAUUUGUUUUGAGAUAUAACGGUGAAACGCUUAAUUUAGGGGCUCUUAUUACAAGACCAAAGAGCAAGAUCUCUGUCCGUUUUGUCCUAACAUUAGCUAACACAAUUCGCUAGGAUAGCCCAGCGCCGCUGUUGGACAGACAAGGUUGGGUUCGAACCGCGCAGGCCUGUCAUUCGGCAAAUUGCCCCGCGGCAUUGGGGCAGCACUUAGAUGAUUUUCGAUACAAUUAAUUGUUCUGGUUUUGCCUGGAGUUAAAAUCGCAGCAAUGAGAAAGGACGUCAGGAUAUUGCUGGUUGGUGAACCCAAAGUGGGGAAGACAUCACUGAUCAUGUCAUUGGUCAGUGAGGAGUUCCCCGACGAGGUUCCCCUGCGUGCCGAAGAGAUUACCAUUCCAGCAGAUGUCACACCAGAAAGAGUGCCCACACACAUAGUGGACUAUUCAGAGGCUGAGCAGUCAGAUGAACAGUUAUACCAAGAAAUUUCCAAGGCUAAUGUAAUAUGCAUCGUCUAUUCUGUCAACAACAAGAAGUCUAUUGAGAAGGUGACAAGCCACUGGAUUCCUCUCAUCAACGACAGAACGGACAAAGACAGCAGGGUGCCGCUGAUCCUGGUGGGGAACAAGUCGGACCUGGUGGAGCACAGCAGCAUGGAGACCAUCCUGCCCAUCAUGAACCAAUACUCUGAGAUCGAGACCUGCGUGGAGUGUUCAGCCAAGAACCUGAAGAACAUUUCCGAGUUGUUCUACUAUGCCCAGAAGGCUGUACUGCACCCUACAGGACCACUCUACUGUCCUGAGGAGAAGGAGAUGAAGCCGUCGUGCAUCAAAUCCCUCACGCGCAUUUUCAAAGUGUCCGACCUCGACAACGAUGGAGUUCUGAACGACAACGAGCUCAACUUCUUCCAGAGGACGUGUUUCAACAUCCCACUGGCUGCUCAGGCUUUGGAGGACGUCAAGAACGUGGUAAGGAAGAACAUCACGGACGGAGUGAAGGACAACGGCCUCACACUCAAAGGUUUCCUGUUCCUGCACACACUCUUCAUCCAGAGGGGCCGGCACGAGACCACCUGGACUGUCCUGCGGCGUUUCGGCUACGACGACGACCUGGAGCUUACACAGGAGUACCUGUUUCCACUGCUGAAGAUCCCGUCAGACUGCACCACAGAGCUGAACCACAAUGCGUAUCUCUUCCUGCAGGGUGUCUUUGACAAGCAUGACAAAGACCGAGACUGUGCUCUGUCCCCUGAUGAGCUGAAGGACCUAUUCAAAGUCUUCCCCUACAUGCCCUGGGGCCCUGACGUCAACAACACUGUCUGCACCAACGAGCAGGGCUGGAUCACCUACCAGGGAUACCUAUCACAGUGGACGCUAACGACGUACCUGGAUGUGCAGAGGUGUCUAGAGUACCUGGGCUACCUUGGCUAUUCCAUCAUUAACGAACAAGAGUCUCAAGCAGCUGCUAUCACAGUGACGCGGAACAAGCGUAUUGACCUGCAGAAGAAGCAGACGCAGCGCAGCGUGUUCCGCUGUAACGUGCUGGGAGCACACAACAGUGGCAAGAGCGGCUUUCUGCAGGCUUUCCUUGAGAGGAACCUCGUGCGACAGCGGAAGAUAAAAGAUGAUCACAAGUCCUACUACGCCAUGAACACCACCUACGUCUACGGCCAGGAGAAGUACCUGCUGCUUCAUGAGGUGUCUCCAGACCUGGACUUCCUUUCAGACACAGAUUUGGCCUGUGAUGUGGUCUGUCUGAUCUAUGAUGUCAGCAACCCACGUUCCUUUGAGUACUGCGCCAAGGCCUACAAGCGCUACUUCAUGGACAGUAAGACGCCGUGCAUGAUCAUUGCCGCCAAGUCGGACCUGCACGAGGUGCGGCAGCAGAGCACCCUCCCCCCACUGGACUUCUGCCGCAAGCACCGGCUGCACCCGCCACAGCCAUUCACCUGCAACAGCACCGACGCACCAAGCAAAGACAUCUACACCAAACUCACCACCAUGGCCAUGUACCCCCACGCCAAGUUGCGGUGCAUGUGCGCCUGCAACCGGUGCACCUUUUGCGUCUCGCACAACCUGAUGAACUCUGAGCUGGUGCGCUCUAUCAAGGCCACCCUCUACACGGCCCUUCUCAACAGGUUGCGGCCCUAUGUCGAGCACCUGGGCGCAUGCCUCUUGACUGAUGAGGACUCCAGCCUCAUCCACCAGGUGCACGAGGUCACCUAUGUAGAGGAGUCCAUCUACAUGGAGUCGUCUGUCGAUCCCUUUAUGCCCAGACACAUGACCCAGGCUGACCUGAAGAACUCCACCUUCUGGCUGCGGGCGAGUUUGGGUGCCACCGUCUUUGCAGUGCUGGGCUUUGCCAUGUACAAGGCCAUCCUCAAGCAGCGGUGAUCAGUGUCAACACACACACCUGUGUGUUGCUCACCCUGCCCCCUCCCCCUACCCCUCCAGAACUACAACACCCCCCUCCCCCCAGCCCGUCCCCAUCUAAUCCUUCCCUCCUCUUCAUCCUAAUGUCCCUGGUUGAGUCAAAGUUUAACUAGAAACGUUGCAAAUCAUAGACAUAGAUUCUACAUUUUUUUCUAUACAUAUAUGUAUAUAUAUUUGACAUGGGAAAAAAAGAACAUUAAAAGUUGCAACUAUUUUUCUUCGGAGGCUUAUUGGAACCCAUGCGCCUGACAAAAAGCCACCAUCAUCUGUAUUAAAAAGGGCAUUUUUCGAACUCUGCUGACAGCUGCAGUACAGUUGCCUUCCUGGUUAGCCCCGCCAUCUGCUGGUUUUUCUAAAGGCAGGUCUAAACUGCUCUCAGGCCAGUAUUCGAGCGCCCAGAACAAGGAGGAAUUGCAGGUAGCUGUGGCAGUACAGGGUUCUCAGCUCAGAUGGGACUGACCUCCAUGUUUAUAAACUGUAUAUAGUGCUCUGAAUAUACCUAAGAUCACACUCAUUGUCUCUGAGGUGAAAGGUCAUGAAAGGAGGAUUGCAUUGUCACACUACCCAGGGGAGAGACUACCAACACCAAGCCAUUUCUAACCUGUCAAAGGUUGUGUGUUAUCAAGACACAUUGCAGAUGUAUUAAUUUAUUAACCUUUUUUUCUCUGCUUUUUGAUCCUUUUUUCUUUCUUUGUGUUGUCAAUUUUAACUUUUUUUGUUUGGCAUUGCAUGGAAACAGGCACAGAUCAGAGUUAGUUAUCUUUCUUUUGUAAUUUGUGUUUUUUUUUUUUUUUUUUUUUAUUAUGAUUGUUGAGUACACUUGAUCACUCGCGGAAAAGAAGAAUUCUGAAGAACAAUUAAAUGAACUUGAGUUAUUCGAUGAGCUGGCUGACUUCUCUCCUUGGAGUUUGAGAGUGUCUUUGCCCCCUCUGUGCUGUAUGAGGGAGGGGAGCUGACCGACUGACUGACCGACCGACUGACUGACUGACUGUGGGCCCACCACUCUGGCCUGCUCCCCUGCCUGUCACCAGAGACGAUUUAAGGACACACCCCCCCACACACACACACACACACGCACACUCUACAGAGAGGUAUGUGGUGCCCUCUACUGGUUACAUUGUUUUAAAUUGCAUCAUACACAGAACAUGCGCUCAUGACCAGGGUCGUAUCCAUUAAGCUCCUUUCUCUCUCUCUCUCUCUCUCUCUCUCUCUCUCCUUGAUGGACUCCGUACCACCACACAGACGUUACUUACUCGUAUGUUGCACUCUCACCAGAAUUAUGUAUCAUCAUCAUUACUAUUAUUAUUUAAGUUCUGGCUCAAAACAGAUGGUAGAACAUGUUUUAUUCAUUUCUGACUUAUCCUGCAUUUACAAUAAAUAACUGUGUGAUCUA